AGCGCUGCCGUCCCGCCCGGCGGCCACCAUGAGCCCCCGGCAAGCAGCCGUCGCUCUCCUGCUCCCCUUGGCCCUGCUCUUGGCCACCGCGUCGCAGCCGCCGGAGGGAGAAGCCCAGAAGGAGCAGGCGGACGCGGAGCCGCUGCGAUGCCCCGGCUCGUGCGCCUGCAGCUUCGACGACUACAGCGAGGAGCUCAACGUCUUCUGCAGCGCGCGCAACCUCACGCACCUGCCCGAGGACGUCCCGACCAACGCCAAAGCCCUCUGGCUGGACAGCAACAACUUCACCGUGCUGCCGGCCGCAGCCUUCAGGAACCUCUCCAGCCUGGACUUCCUCAACCUGCAGAGCAGCCAGCUAGGCGCCGUGGAGCAGCACGCCUUCCACGGGCUGCGCAGCCUCUACCACCUCCACCUGGAGCGCAACCGGCUCAAGCACUUGGCACCCCACACGUUCCUUCACACGCAAAACCUCGUGUCCCUGAGCCUCAACAACAACCUCUUCAUCAAGCUGGAGGAAGGGCUGUUUGCUGGGCUCUCCAACCUGUGGUAUCUGAACUUGGGCUGGAAUUCACUCGUGGUCUUGCCUGACAGGAUUUUCCAUGAUUUACCCAACUUGAGGGAGUUGAUCCUSGCUGGAAACAAGCUCCUGUACCUGCAGCACCAGCUCUUCUGCAGCCUUACUGAGCUGAAGGAGUUGGAUCUGAGCGGGAACUCUCUCAAGGGAAUCAAGAUCAACAUCUUUGUCAAGCUGCAGAAGCUGCAGAAGUUGUACUUGAACCACAACCAGAUCAGCGCCAUUGCACCCCGCGCCUUCAUGGGCAUGAAGUCGCUCCGGUGGCUUGAUCUCUCACAUAACCGGCUUGUCUCACUCUUUGAGGACACUUUUUUGGGUCUCAUGAGCCUGCAUGUCCUACGCUUAUCCACCAAUUCCCUCACCAGCCUGAGACCCAGGACUUUCAAAGACCUCCAGUUCCUGGAGGAGCUGCAGCUGGGACACAACAGGAUCAGAGGCCUGGCAGAAAGGACCUUYGAUGGGUUGGGGCAGCUGGAGGUCCUCACCCUGAACAACAACCAGAUACAGGAUAUCAGGGUUGGGGCGUUCCAGGGGCUGCACAACACGGCAGUGAUGCACUUGUCUGCCAACUGCAUCAAGGUGCUCCCUGACCAUGUCUUCAAGGGKGUCACCAAGUUGCACAGCCUUCACUUGGAGCACAGCUGCCUCGGCAGGAUCAGAACGAACACAUUCUCCAGCCUCUCCAGCCUGCGGAGGCUCUUCUUACAGCACAACGCCAUCUCGGUCAUUGAAGACCAAAGCUUCAGCGACCUGCAUGAACUCCUGGAGCUCGAUCUGAAGCACAACAGGCUGAGCCACCUCUCACCCAAUCUCUUUGUGGGACUAAGCAACCUGGAGUACCUCUUUCUCUCCUCCAACCAUCUCCUGGAGAUCUCACAGGACACUUUCAGCCCACUCCAGAGACUCUUCUGGCUCGAUCUCUCAAACAACCAGCUGGAGACACUGGACAACACAGUUAUCUCCCCGCUGUCAAACCUGCGGUACCUCAGCCUCAGGAACAACUCCCUGGAAACCUUCUCCGUCAGCUUCCUGUGCUCCUCAUUCACGCUGGAGCAGCUGUGGCUGGAGGGGAACAACUGGCACUGUAACUGCUCCCUGAAGGGCCUGCGGGACUUCUCUCUGCAGCACCCGGUCGUGGUCCCACGGUUCGUGCAGUCCGUGGUGGAGGGCGACGAUUCCCACGUGCCCGUGUACACCUACAACAACCUCACCUGCCUGCACCCGCCGAACGUGACGGGCCUGGAUCUGCGUGACACCAGCGAGGACGACUUUGCUCACUGCUGACAGCG